AUGGCUGUCGACGCAAUGGACCUCGACACAUCACCCGCCGCGCCCACAGAUGUGGAACGCAAGCGCAAGCAUAAGAACAAGGACGCCUCGCCGUCCAAGAAGCGCAAGCAGACCGAGGUGAACGGCGGCAAGUCGACAAGCAAGAAAGACAAGUCCAAGUCCAAUUCCAGCACGGACAAGACCCGCCCAGCCUCAGCCAGCGUCACCUCUCCUGGAUCGUCCGAGUCCCCCUUCGCCCUCACCACGGCCACAAUAUACCUGCCGCUGGCGCCAAUUUCCAUCUCGCCAACCCAUGCGCUGGCCUCGCUGCUCGCAGAGCACCUCUCCCCGCUGCUGCUGACGUACUAUCCCCCGCUGAAGGGAAUCGUUAUGGCCUACUCCAACGCCUCCAUCUCUGCCACGCCGCCAUCCUCCACAUCCCGCAACUCAUCUGACCCCAACCCCAAGCCGCUCACGCUCGCCCGGACCGCCGACGAGUACGGCGUGCUGUACGUCUACCUGACAGCGACGUUCCUCGUCUUCCGCCCGCAGCGCGGGCAAGUUCUUGAGGGCACGGUGAACGUCCAGUCGGAGGGCUUCCUUGGCGCGGUCGUCUUCAACCUGUUCUCCGUCGGUAUCGAGCGCAAGCGGCUCCCCACAUCGUGGACCUGGGUGCCGCCCGGUGAGGACGGCGAAACCCCCGCCGAGAACACAGCCACAGACCCGGUCACGGACGAUGAGUCCGGGACCGGGGUCGGGGCCGCGCCGCCAGGCUUCGACGCUGAAAAAGAGCUGUUCUGGCCCACGGCGCUGGCGGCUGACGAGCUUGAUAUCGAGGGCGAUGCCGAGGAGGAGGCUGCCUCCGGCCACUUCCAGUCUGUCUCGGGCCAUGUGGUGCGCGGGAACGUGCGCUUCCGCGUCGUGGAUGUCGAUGUUAUCCCGGGCUCGGAGCGGGAUCGCGGUUUCUUGAGUAUUGAGGGGACUAUGCUGACGGCCGAGGAGGAGGAGAAGCUUCUGUUGGCUGAGCAGCAGGGCCAGGCGCUGCCGCCGUCGUUCUUGGGCUCGCCGAGGAAGAAGUCGACGGCUCGCGUUGUGCCGAUUUCGAGUGCGCCGCCAGCGGAAGUGGUGCAGGAUGUUUCCGUUGUGGAGAUUGAGGAGCCUGGCGCUGAAGAUGUGUCUGUGCUUGAGGCGGUGGUCGAAAAGAAGGAGAAGAAGGAGAAGAAAGAGAAGAAGGACAAGUCUAAGCCUAAGAAGGAGAAAAAGGAGAAGAGCAAAAAAUAA